CAUCGUUCUAAUCUUCCUCUGCAAGAGUCUGCCGUUUUGUCUGUAACUCCUAACCAGUUUUGGGAAAAGGGGACAGGAAAGAAGCAGACACACACUGAAGAGGAGAGACAGGUGUAGAAGGUUUAGGACUGAAAAUCAAAUUAUCAGGAUGGAAAAGAUUUUCUUUGUGAUCGUGCUGCUCACAGGUUUUUGUGUCGUCUCUGCUUCCUCUACCUGGUUAUAUUACUUCAUAAAAAGAUUUAUGACUUUUGAUGAGGCAAAUGAUUACUGCAUGUCCAAAUACAACUCAUUUAUGUCAGUAGACAACAAUAGCAUGAACGACUUCUUCUGGACUUAUCUCAAAGACAGAACAGACAGGGUGUGGGUAGGAUUACUUGCUCGCACUUUGCCGUGGACUGGGAUGGACCGACAACCAGCCAAAUACUUCAACUGGAAAUUCAACCAGCCAAACGGGGGCAUUGAUGAGCUGUGUGCCACAAUGGUGUAUGAUGGAGAAUGGCAGGAUCUCACCUGCUCAUUCCAUAGACCGUCAGUCUGCUCUAAUGGAAGCCAUUACUACAUUACAGAGACUGAAAUGACUUGGAUGGACGCUGUGGCCAACUGUGAGACCAAAAAUUCAUCUCUGGUCCAAAUCCAGAACAGCACCAUGAAUAAUGAGAUCAUGAAUCUGCUGUCCAAUGUAACAGAGGUGUGGAUCGGCUUGAACAGAUCUGUAGACUGGUACUGGGCAGACACUGGAAAAUCUGCCACAUUCCUAAACUGGCAAAAUGGACAACCCGACAACCUGAAUGGAAAUGAAUUUUGUGCAGCCAUGGUGACGGAGGACGGAACCUGGACAGAUGAGCAGUGUGACGAGUUGUACUAUUUCGUCUGCAAAGAACUUGAAAUUAUCAUCCCUGAAGGAGCAGGAAGCAGUAAUGAAGAUGGAACCAAAGUCCUGCAGUCAAAGCAAACUAUGGUGAAGCUUCAGAUCCAGACCACAGUGAACAUGGAGGAUCCAGUAGCUAGUGACAUCCUGGUGCAGCGGUUUUGUGCAAUGCUUGCUAAGCAGGGUGUGACUGACUUCAGACUGACCUGGAGGAAGCUUCCAGAGAAGGAGACGCAAAACAAAAGAAAAGGUGAUUCUUGAACCCGCACAAACAACUCCCAGAAAGCUGCAACACAGCGUUUAUUUCUUUGUUUGCAUGUUGUUCUGUAAUUAUAAUUAGCCAGCUUUUAACCCUGCAAUGCCAAAUAUAUCAUGUUUGAUAAUCGAGUUUUGAACCACCUGAAAUAUAAAAUGUUCCUUUAAACCCUGAUGUGUAGCAUUUGACAUGUUUUCAGCCCCCUGGAAGAGCUCAGUAUACAAUCACUGCAAAUAUUUCACUUAUAUAUUUUAUCAUUUGUCUUCAGUGUAAAAGUGAGAAAAAAUUAAACAUUUUUCUUUCUUCAAAUGUAAAGAUAUCAUGUUUGACAUGUAGAUUAAAACUUUUAGACAUUUUUGUUACAUGAUAUCUCUAAUAAUAAUGUUUUAUUUUACUUUAUUUUUUUAAAUCACCCGUAUUAUAUAUCCUCAUUAA